AUGGCACUGCCCAGUGUCAUGGAAAAUCUUGGGCUUGGUCCAGAGGUCCUUCUACAGGAGAAUCCCAGACUCAUCUAUGCUAGACUUACAGGAUUUGGCCAGAAGGGAAAAUAUGCCAAGCAUGCAGGUCAUGACAUCAAUUUCUUGUCUUUAUCAGGUGUGCUGUCAAAGCUGGGUAGAAAAGAUGAAAAUCCUUAUGCACCCAUAAAUCUUCUGGCUGAUUUUGCUGGUGGAGGUGUCAUGUGUGCAAUGGGCAUUGUUACAGCCCUUUAUGAACGUACGAAAUCUGGCAAAGGGCAGGUCAUUGAUGCAAGUAUGGUAGAAGGAGUAGCAUACCUAAGUUCUUUCCUGUGGAAAUCACAACAUUUGGAAUUUUGGAAGAGACCUCGAGGUGAGAACCUGCUAGAUGGUGGUGCGCCUUUUUAUGACACCUACAAGACCUCCGAUGGAAAAUUCAUGGCUGUUGGUGCCAUUGAGCCUCAAUUCUAUGAGCAGUUAAUAAAAGGUCUUGGGCUAGAUUCAGAUGGACUUCCCAGUCAGUGGAGUUUCUCUGACUGGCCCAAAAUGAAGAAAAAAUUUGCGUCCGUAUUUGCACAGAAGACACAAGCUGAGUGGUGCAGCAUAUUUGAUCAUACUGAUGCCUGUGUGACCCCUGUUUUAUCCUUUGAUGGUGUUGCCUCACAUGAGCAUAACAAAGAAAGAAGAUCUUUUAUCAAAAAUGAUCAGGAAGAGAUAAGUCCUAGACCUGCUCCUCAUCUAUCAAGGACCCCUGCUGUUCCAUCAUUGAAAAGAGAUCCUUUUAUAGGGGAACACACAGAAGAGAUACUUCUAGAAUAUGGAUUUAUUAAGCAAGAGAUUACUAAACUUUAUCAGAAUAAAGUAAUAGAAUUCCGUAAACCAGAAGCUAAUUUGUAACCUCUAGCUAUGCAGAUCAGAAAAAUUUCAGGCUGAUACAGUAUGUUUUAAUGCAUUAAAAUUGAAUUAUAUGAC